AUGUUUUUGAGUACAAAAAAACAUUUUUUUAUCACAAAUUAUCGUGCAUUUGCUUCAUUUUCCCAGAAUUUCAAACUGAAAUCAAUUCAAGAUUUGAAUGAUUCAAUUGAAUUAUCAAUUUCAAUUGAUCAAAAGAAAUUUGAAAAUCUUUUAAUUCCUUUGGUUUGGCUAAGAGAUCAUUGCAAAUCCGAUAAGUGCUAUGAAUGGUCUACCAAUCAAAGAAAAUCGAAUUCAGUUGAUUUGUUCGAAAAAUCCAAACUAGUAGAAGAUGGCAAUCCAAUUGAGGUUCAAGAAAAAAGUUUGAAAGUAUUUUGGAGAGAUGGUCAUCAUUCUGAGUAUUCUGCAGAGCGAUUGCUUGAUGAAAUUGUUAAGAAGACGCAGUUGCAAUCAUCCAUCGAAGCAUGGGAUAAUACCUUGAAGACAUCUUUACCUCGCCUGAAUUACUCUACUAACUUCUCUUUUAAAAAUUUUGGAAAUCUUUUCGUCAAAUAUGGUUUUGUGAUUGUUGAUGGGGUCGAGAAAACUGCUGAAGCAACCGAAAAGUUUUGUCGGGAGCUUGGACCAAUUCAGAACACCUUCUUCGGAGACUUCUGGGUUUUCAGCAACGAAGGACAAAAUAAUAAUCACGAAGACACUGCUUAUGGAAAUGAAACAAUUGGACCACACACUGAUGGAACAUAUCUGGAUCAGUCUCCAGGAAUUCAGGUCUUUCAUUGUCUUCAUCCAGCUGCAAAAGGAGGAAAUACGGUUCUGACGGAUGGUUUCAAAUGUGCAAAACUUCUGAGACAACAAUUUCCUGACUUUUAUAAGACAUUGACAACGUUCGAGAUUGAUCACCAUUACUUGGAAGGUAAGAAGGGGAAGAGAUCUCUUAUAUCGCGGGCCUCCAAUAAAAGAGUGAUAGAGACUGAUAUCGAUGACUACUUACGCCAAAUAAGGUUUAACCCAUAUGAUCGGGCUCCUUUUUCUUUUGUGAAUGGUCGUUACACAGUAUCAGAAGUCAUCACAUUUUAUAAAGCAUACACUGAGUUUUCGAGAAUAUGCCAUGAUCAUACACUGUCAAUUGACUUGCACCUUGAACCGGGGUCGGUCAUUUUCAUUGACAAUCAUCGUGUGUUCCAUUCAAGAACUUCUUUCACGGGCUUUCGGAAAAUGGCUGGAUGCUACAUGUCCAGGGAUAACUUGCUAGCUAAAAUUCGCCCAAACCUUGACAGUUUUAUAAUUUGA